GGCAAUUGUUAAAAGCCACAUACCUAUCCAAAAAGCAAGCAUGAGUGUGAGUCUAUAUUUUGUUUUCAUUCUCAUCAUUCAACCAUGCCUGAUGACCAAAUCACAUUCCAAAUCCACUAUCACAACACUUCCUGGAUAUCCAGGUCUUCUUCCUUUCAAACUAGAAACCAGUUAUGUGGGAAUAGGGGAGAAAGAAGACAUACAGUUGUUUUACUACUUUGUUGAAUCAACAAGAAAUCCUGAAGAAGACCCUCUUAUAUUUCAUAUUAGCGGCGGUCCAGGAUGUUCGGGCUUACGUCCCUUGCUGGGUGAAACAGGUCCACUUAACAUAAAUGCGGACGGUCUAACAUUAGCAUUGAAUCCAGGCUCAUGGACACAGAUGGCUAAUAUGAUAUACAUGGAUAUGCCCGUUGGUUCUGGCUUUUCCUACGCAGUAACCGAAGAAGGGUGGAUUAGCAGCGAUACCAUUUUUGCCACCCAAGCUCAUGACUUUAUUAAAAAGUUUUUGAGCGAACAUCCCAAGUUUUCGCACAAUCCAUUGUAUAUUUCAGGAACUUCUUACGUUGGCAUUAUUGUUCCCAAAGUCACUCUAGAAUUAUAUGAAGGUAAUGAAGAUGGAGAUCAAAUAUUCAACAUUCAAGGUUACAUUCUUUGCAAUCCUCUAACCAAUAAGUUCAUGGAUUUCAAUUCUAGACUUGAAUAUGCUUAUCGUAUGGCUCUCAUAUCAAAUGAUAUCCACAAGUCCGCCAUAGACAAUUGUCAUGGUAACUAUGUAGACAUCAAUUCAGCCAACUCAGCAUGCGCAAAUAGUCUUCAACGUUAUGAAGAGUGUACAAGCCAUAUUCAAACCAAUAACAUUCUAGAUCCAUUUUGUGAUGAAAAUGAUCCAACAUUAGAUUGUGAUACUGAUGAAGUUAAGGCCAUAAACAAAUGGGCAAACAUAGAAGUUGUACAACAAGCUCUAAAAGUUCAUGAAGGAAUGAUUGGAAGAUGGGUAAUGAUCAACCAAACCUUGCGUUACAUUCAAGGAAAGAAUGACACAUCUUGUUAUUCUUAUGAUAUAUUUAGUAGUUUUUCCUAUCAUAAGAAACUUUCUAGUAAAAGAUGUAGAGCUUUGAUCUUCAGCGGUGAUCAUGAUAUGACAUUUCCAUACGUUGGCGUUGAGCAAUGGAUAGCUUCUCUCAAUCUCCAAGUAGAAGCACCGUGGAAACCUUUCUAUGUUGAUGAUCAAGUCGGGGGAUAUGAAAUGAAAUAUGCACAAAACAAUUAUUCAUUGACAUUUGCUACGGUUAAGGGAGGAGGGCAUUCACUUCUGUUAGGCAAUCAGAGAGAAUCUUUAGUAGUGGCACAACGGUGGUUUUCUUCACAAACUUAUUUAAGCGAUUCGUAGAUGAGAUAGUGUGGAGUAUCAUGUGACGCAUCACCAAGCUGUUGUUUCUCUAUGGAAGAUGUUUAGAUCUGCAUUAUUUGGGUGGUUGACAAUUUUAUAUAUGAGUAAAUUACAAAAAAAUGUCCUUUGUAUUUAAAAUUUAAAAUUGAUGGCUUUUGUACUUAAUGUUUCCAAUCUUGCAUCUUACAACCUU